GCCAGCAGCGGCUGUCCCAAGCUGUCCAAAGCCAAGCCAAGCGCGGCGCGGCGGCAGUCCUCUCCUCGCAGUCGCAGCAGGGCCGAGCCGACCGGUCAAAAGCACUGCUGCCCCACCCCAACCCACCACCAUCCCCGUUCCCCAACCCCCAAAGCCGAGAGCCAUCCCGCCCGCAGCCGCAACCAGGCAAGCAAGCGGGAGCCGCCAACUCGUGCCUCUCGGCAGCGGCGUCUGAACUCUGAACCGACCGACCGACCGACCGUUCCGUUCCGUUCACCCCACCAUGGAGGCGCCGCCGGGACCGGGGCCCAUGGAGCUGGACGCCCCACCUCCCGCCGCCGCCGCCGCGGCGAUUCCUCCCGCCGGCAGCGACAAGCACAAGGACGGGGAAGGGGGAGACGCUGUGACGGGCCAUAUCAUCUCCACCACCAUCGGCGGGAAGAACGGCGAGCCCAAGCGGACCAUCAGUUACAUGGCAGAACGUGUCGUGGGCACAGGCUCAUUUGGGAUCGUCUUCCAGGCUAAGUGUCUGGAAACAGGAGAGACCUUCGCCAUCAAGAAGGUGCUGCAAGAUCGGCGUUACAAGAACCGGGAGCUGCAACUUAUGCGUGCCAUGGAGCACCCCAACGUCAUCUGCCUGAAGCACUGCUUCUUCUCGACAACGAGCAGGGACGAAUUGUUUUUAAACCUUGUCAUGGAAUUCGUCCCUGAGACUCUAUACCGAGUCCUGAAGCACUACAGCAAUGCGAACCAGAGGAUGCCUCUUAUCUACGUCAAGCUCUACAUGUAUCAGCUUUUUAGAGGCCUAGCUUAUAUUCAUAAUGUACCAGGAGUCUGCCAUAGGGAUGUGAAGCCACAAAACGUUUUGGUAUGUGUCAUGUGGACAAGGAUUUGUUCUUCCUUUGAUUUGGUAAUUAGUUCUGAAUUGGUCUCGUCGUCUCUCUUUGAUGUACAGGUUGAUCCUCUCACCCACCAGGUCAAGCUCUGUGACUUUGGUAGUGCAAAAGUUCUGAUUCCUGGUGAACCGAACAUAUCUUACAUAUGCUCUCGUUACUAUCGUGCCCCUGAGCUCAUAUUUGGUGCGACGGAGUAUACAAGUUCAAUAGACAUAUGGUCAGCUGGUUGUGUUCUAGCUGAGUUGCUUCUUGGACAGCCACUAUUUCCAGGAGAGAGCGCUGUUGAUCAGUUGGUAGAGAUCAUCAAGGUUCUUGGUACUCCAACCCGUGAGGAGAUACGGUGCAUGAAUCCCAACUAUACUGAGUUCAGGUUUCCUCAGAUAAAGGCUCAUCCAUGGCACAAGAUUUUCCACAAGAGAAUGCCUCCUGAAGCCAUAGACCUUGCUUCUCGUCUCCUUCAGUAUUCACCAAGUCUUCGCUGCUCUGCUCUUGACGCAUGUGCUCAUCCCUUCUUCGAUGAGCUGCGGACACCGAACGCACGCCUACCAAACGGCCGCCCGUUCCCUCCGCUCUUUAACUUCAAGCACGAACUAGCAAAUGCCUCUCCGGACCUCGUCAGCAGGCUUGUGCCGGAGCACAUUAGACGGCAGAUCGGUGUCAACUUCGGGAGCAGCUAGGAGGGCAGGCGCUGUGAUGGUCGAAGUUUUCGGUCUUGGUUUCCCCUUCUGGAGAGUGGGAGGGGCUCAAGCAGUACCUGAGAAAAGUAGUGAAACCGUGUAAAUUAUCUGACCGUGAAGGAGUACUACCGCCAGUAACUGGCGCAUGUUCGUCCAGUAGUUAUGGUAAGAAUGUAGGAGGUGGAGACUGGUUAAUGUGUAGGGUCGUUUUUUUUGUUUUGUUUUGAUAUUACUACCAUUUUGUUGUAAUGUUCGUCGGUACUUCCAGCAGUAGUGUAGCUGGCCACGUUUUGUUCGUCCGCCAUGAUGUAAAUGAUCAUCGCCCAACUGUAAUGCAUGUUCUCUCUGAUCGUUUCGUA